GAAUGUGCUGCUUAUCCUACAUUGUCUCUUGUUCAUUGUUCAUUGUUCGUUGUUCGUUGUUCGACUGUUAUGAUCUUAUAUGCUCGUCGUAUAGGAAUCCACACGACGUCUCCUUGCCAGAUCAAUCUUGGACUUGGACUUGGACUUGGACUUGGACUUGGACUUGAACUUGCAUUUGCAUUUGGAAUCGUGAAUCUUCUUUGUUGUUGUCAUUUCAACUCUUCUCGCGUUGGCAAUUCUGAUUUUCAUUGUCCGGAAGCAAGCUGAUAAUAGCCAAAGAUAAACUGCACGCUAGCAAACAAGAGGUUCGACUCGACUUACUUUCUCGAUAUCCUGAACUCAAAUCCGAUACCUUUCUAUCAAUCGUCAUCAUGAGCGCAUCGGAAUCUAGCACUUUGCAUGCGAACACGCCCGUCCCCACAGGCCAACAAUCUACAACCACGUCAAAGGCCCCUCUACUAGGUGAGGGAUUCAAAGGACCAACGAACCAAACAUUGUCGAAACCCGGUGAAAACAGUGAGGUCGAUGUGGAUGCGGGUGAUUCUGCGAGCGGAACCGCAAAGUCGGGAAAGCGAAGAUUGUUUGGAUUUGGAAAAAAGAAGACGGAGGAAAAGGUAAAGGGCAAAAAGAAGGAUGAUGGAACGCUUGCUGGCAAUGCACCAUUGACCCGCCCUCUCCAGCAAUCGCAGAUGACGAACUCACCUCCACGAUCAAGCUAUCCAUACCAACACCCCUCAUCACCACCAGGUCGAAAAUUAUUCUCAUCUUCCCCACGUGUAGUGUCACCUGCAGGUUCGCAAAUCUUCGAGCGUGAUGUGCAAGAAAGUGCUAUCCAGCCAAAUUCUCCCGCCAUCCCGUCGCAUAUACAGACUGAGAAUUAUAUUCCACCAGUCCUAGAUGCAUCGUCGCAAGCUAUUACCAACAAUGACAUUGAUCCGGAUACAGUGGAAAUCGUCAUGCACUCUUCUCAUCAGCCCGCAGUGAUGUCAAUGAGCGGUAUUAGUAGUAGCGAACCCGGCGCAUCAAUGUGGACAGACGAAUUGGUGGCCCACCCCGACAAGGACGAUGCGGCAUCCAACUAUGGUGCUCUUGAUAGUACCGACAUACGAAGAUUGAGCUUCAUUUCAUUUGCAGAUGUAGUGCAAUCAGAGCACGCAGAACAUGCUGGCAAUAGAGACUCAAUAUAUAUUGCGGGACUCAGUGCGUUGUCAUCACCAGGUAUAUCACCAGGUGUGAACCGUUCACCUUCGCCUGUGCGAUCACCCGUGUCGUCGUUUGGAUUCGGAACAUCACCCCCGACUAGUAAAUCAACUUCCGUGAAAGGUGUUGAGCUCUCGCCAGUUCGGAAACAAACUGGUCUCGCCAGUCCGACUUCACUUCACUCGCCUACGAAUGGCGGCGAAUUAACCAUCGAGACAAUGUCACAGGCUGUGAAGAAGACCGGGAGCGGCGAUCUUAGUGGCGGCCUUCGCAGCUUACCUUUGAGCCCAGUAAGCUCUGAUGGCCCGGAUACGCCAUUCAGAUAAGCCAGCCAUUGGACCAGAGGAUGAAUUGAUGUGUGGAUGAUGUUUACUGCUCAGUUACUGCUGUAUAUCGAGCGAGUUUUAUAGGGUUGGAACAAUUGCAGUUUGGGACAAGGGAAAGGGAUAUGGAUUGCUGUGUACAUGAGAUACUCAAUUGAGCGAACAGUGAACGGCGUUCCGGAUUAGGAUUUGUCUUACUCUUUUAUUCAUUUAUUUAUCUACUUGUUUACUUAUUCGAUCUGGGGAUGGAUUUUUUUUUUACGACUGACGUGGAGCAAUUUAAAUUCUUAGUCGCACUUAUAAGUUGAUACAUGAUACGAUGUGCCA